CCCACCCCCACCCCUUGUCCUCUCUGCUCAGUUAUAUAUCACAGACUUCAACUCUCUCUCUCUCUCUCUCUCUCUCUCUCUCGUUCGUAUCUUUUUUCUCAAUUCAUCGCCGGACUCCGGCAACAUGCUCGACGGAAAACUUUUCCGGCCUCAUUCGCCGGCGACCUGACUAUUGAGAUCCGAUAACGAUUCUACGCACUUUCCGGAUUUUCCUGUUUGGAUAUAUGUAAAUCAUACGAGAAAGGUUUCUGGGAAUCCUCGAUCGUCUGGUGAAAUAAGUAGACUUCUGAACCAUUUUAUCAGCCAUUUUCCUUUGUUUAAUCAGCUCGAUCGUCUGGCGAUGGCUAUGAAAUUGUUCAAAUUUCGUUUUUGAUAUAGAAAUUGAGCAUAUUAUCUUUUGCAUAGUCGGGAUUUUUGGAGUAUGAAACUUGGAAUUUUGACUAUUAUACUAUACUGGUUAAUGGAAAGGAAUAAAUCGAUUGCCUGCAAAGAUCGGAAUUGUCUUUCCGGGUUUUUGAGGGUUGAUUGAUUCGAGAUUGGCGUAAUAGGGCUUUUCUGGAACCUCUUUAUGAAGAUUGUUUUUUGUUUGGGAGUUUUGGUUGGGGUAUACUGAACUUUUGUUAACAUGAGAAACAUGGCUGCUCCUGAAGAGGAAGUAAAUACUAUUUCUAAUGUCAGUUUGCAGGGAAGAGUGAAUGAUGGUCGCCGUAGGUAUGGAUCAAGUGAUUCGCUUGUCCCGGGUCUUGUUGAUGAUGUAGCUUUGAAUUGCCUUGCUUGGGCUUGUAGAUCGGAUUAUGCUUCGCUGUCAUGUAUUAACACAAAGUUUAAUAAGUUAAUUAAAAGUGGGUAUUUGUAUGAGUUGAGGAAGCAGUUGGGAAUUGUGGAACAUUGGGUGUAUUUGGUGUGUGAUUUGAGAGGGUGGGAGGCGUUUGAUCCAGUGAGCAAGAAAUGGAUGACAUUGCCUAAGAUGCCUUGUGAUGAGUGUUUUAACCAUGCCGAUAAGGAGUCUUUGGCUGUGGGAAGUCAGUUGUUGGUUUUUGGUCGUGAGCUGUUGGAUUUUGCUAUUUGGAAGUACAGUGCAAUACAUCGUAGUUGGGUAAAAUGUCAGGGAAUGAACCAGCCUCGCUGCUUGUUUGGGUCUGGUAGCCUUGGUUCAAUUUCUAUUGUUGCGGGUGGUAGUGAUAAGAAUGGAAAUGUCUUGAAAUCAGCGGAGAUAUAUGAUUCUGAAUCAGGCAGGUGGGAAAUGCUUCCUAACAUGCACACACCACGUAGAUUGUGCACUGGUUUUUUCUUGGACAGCAAAUUCUACGUCAUUGGUGGGAUGUCAAGUCCUACUGAAUCACUGACUUGUGGGGAGGAAUAUGAUCUUGAGACAGGGAAAUGGAGGAAAAUUGAGGGUAUGUUUCCAUAUGUCAAUAGGGCUGCACAGGCUCCUCCUCUUGUGGCAGUUGUUGGUAAUCAAUUAUAUGCAGUUGAGUAUUUAACCAACAUGGUGAAGAAGUAUGACAAGGAGAAGAACACCUGGGAUGUUUUAGGAAGACUUCCAGUGAGGGCUGACUCUUCAAAUGGCUGGGGCCUGGCUUUUAAGGCUUGUGGAAAGGAGCUUCUGGUUGUUGGUGGGCAAAGAGGUCCAGAAGGCGAAGGUAUUGUCCUCAACUCUUGGUCUCCAAAGUCAGGGGUCAAGAAUGGCACCUUGGAUUGGAAAGUUAUUGGAGUGAAAGAGCAUGUUGGGGUGUUUGUGUACAACUGUGCAGUUAUGGGUUGUUGAAGAUUCUUUUUAGAUUAACCAAAAGGAAGGUACUGGUUUCUGCAAUCUGACAUGGCCCUUCAGGGUAGUUCCCUGUGCAUCUAUCUGAUUGACUAGAAUUAAUUGUUGCUGAGAUAGCAUUUCCCUGGCUCAGAAUUUGGUUCUCUUUUCUUAACAUGCCUGUAUUUGGAGAUGUUUCAUACUUCCAUGAUCCUGCAAAAGAUUUGCUCUAUAAAGAUCAAAAUAGGGACACAUGGGUGGUAUGUCGCGCCCUGUUUUAUCUUUAAGUUGUGUUUCUCAUCUACAGCCCAAUUAUUUAUUUUAAUAAAUUGAAAUCCUUAUUGUUUAAUGAUUUGUUUUUAAAAAAUUCACUACUUAAUAGUG